GCGGGGGAUACGCUGGGCGCGUCCCGCGGGUCACGUGGUGCGCAGCACGCAGAGUCCUUCUGUCGGUUGGUCCUGGAGCGGCGCAGCCGGAGCGGGGCUGUGAGGAGAAUAAAGGCAGCCCCGCUGAUGACUGAAAAUGACAAAGCAUCCACCUAACAGACGAGGAAUCAGCUUUGAAGUGGGAGCCCAGUUGGAAGCCCGGGACCGAUUAAAAAACUGUUCCCCUUCUGUGUUCCAUAGAGGCAACCAGCAUCCCGAAGUUGGUUUUCCCCUCCCAAGAUGCAAACCGGGUUGCUUGAUCAUCCUUCCAGAGAUAGCCCACGCAUUUAAAAACAGGUAUCCAGCUCACAUAGAAGACAUUGACUACGAAGAAGGAAAAGUACUCAUCCAUUUCAAGCGUUGGAACCAUCGUUAUGAUGAGUGGUUCUGCUGGGACAGUCCUUAUUUACGCCCUUUAGAGAAAAUACAGCUAAGGAAAGAGGGCUUACAUGAAGACGAAGGAUCUUCUGAAUUUCAAAUAAAUGAACAGGUCCUUGCUUGCUGGUCCGAUUGUCGUUUUUACCCAGCCAAAGUCACUGCUGUUAACAAGGAUGGUACUUACACUGUGAAAUUUUAUGAUGGAGUAGUUCAGACUGUCAAACAUAUUCAUGUCAAAGCUUUUUCCAAAGAUCAGAAUAUUGUGGGUAAUGCUAGGCCUAAAGAAACAGAUCACAAAAGUCUUCCAUCGUCUCCUGAUAAACGAGAGAAGUUUAAAGAGCAAAGAAAAGCCACUGUCAAUGUGAAGAAAGACAAAGAGGACAAAGCCUUAAAGACAGAAAAGCGUCCCAAGCAGCCUGAUAAAGAAGGAAAGUUAAUCUGUUCUGAAAAGGGUAAGGUGUCAGAGAAGAGCCUUCCCAAGAACGAGAAGGAAGAUAAGGAGAACAUUUCAGAAAAUGACAGAGAGUAUUCUGGAGAUGCUCAAGUGGAUAAAAAACCUGAAAAUGACAUUGUGAAGAGUCCACAAGAAAACUUGAGGGAGCCAAAAAGAAAACGAGGCAGACCCCCUUCCAUAGCUCCUACUGCUGUGGAUUCAAACUCUCAAACUUUGCAACCAAUAACAUUGGAAUUGAGAAGGCGGAAAAUAUCGAAAGGAAGUGAAGUCCCAUUAAAACGUCCCCGGCUUGACAAAAAUUCAUCCCAGGAAAAGUCAAAAACCUAUUCGGAAAACACUGACAAGGACUUAUCAAGGAGACGGUCCUCCAGGCUGUCCACUAAUGGCACACACGAGAUCCUAGAUCCUGACUUGGUUGUGUCAGAUUUGGUUGAUACGGUUAACAUUGAUCCUUUGCAAAAUACAUCAUCCAGUAACAAGGAAUCUGAGGAAGGUCAGUUAAAAUCUCCUUUGGAAGCUGACCAGGUUUCAUCUGCACUGAUUUGCCACUCCUUUGGUGAUGGAUUGGGGGCUGCAGGCUUGGAAUUGAACUGCAAGUCAAUGGGAGAAAACAGUAUGAAGACGGAACCGGCUUCUCCUCUUGCUGAGUUACAAGAGAUUUCUACUGUGGCAGUAACAAAUACUUUUAAGAAAACAGAUGAUUUUGUGACAUGUAAAGCACCAGCUGUCGACCUAGAUCACAAAUUCAGGUGCAAGGUUGUGGAUUGUCUAAAAUUUUUCCGCAAGGCCAAACUGUUGCACUAUCACAUGAAGUAUUUCCACGGGAUGGAGAAGUCACCAGAGCCAGAGGAGAGCCCAGGAAAGAGGCAUGUCCAAACGAGGGGCUCUUCAGCUUCAGACAAGGCCAACCAGGAGAGCCUGACCAGGAAGCGGGUCUCUGCCAGUUCCCCAACUGCAAAAGACAAGGAAAAGAAUAAAGAGAAGAAAUUCAAAGAGUUUGUGAGAGUGAAGCCAAAGAAAAAAAAGAAAAAGAAAAAGAAAACCAAACCUGAAUGCCCUUGCAGUGAGGAAAUCAGUGAUACCUCUCAGGAACCUUCUCCACCUAAGGCAUUUGCUGUCACCAGGUGCGGGUCCUCGAAUAAGCCUGGGGUCCAUAUGAGCCCACAGCUCCAUGGCUCAGAAUCUGGAAACCAUAAAGGGAAAGUGAAAGUAUCCGAGGAAGAUAAUUUGAGUGAGUCCUCUUCUGAGAGCUUUCUUUGGAGCGAUGAGGAGUAUGGUCAAGAUGUUGACGUGACCACCAACCCAGAUGAAGAACUUGAUGGGGAUGACCGCUAUGAUUUUGAAGUGGUCCGCUGCAUCUGUGAGGUUCAGGAGGAAAAUGACUUCAUGAUUCAAUGUGAAGAGUGCCAGUGCUGGCAGCAUGGGGUCUGCAUGGGAUUACUGGAAGAAAAUGUGCCUGAGAAAUACACCUGUUAUGUUUGCCAAGACCCUCCAGGUCAGAGGCCUGGCUUCAAGUACUGGUAUGACAAGGAGUGGUUGAGCAGGGGACAUAUGCAUGGCCUGGCCUUUUUAGAAGAGAACUACUCCCACCAGAAUGCUAAGAAGAUUGUGGCUACCCACCAGCUUCUUGGCGAUGUGCAGAGAGUGAUCGAGGUUCUCCAUGGCCUUCAGCUCAAGAUGAGCAUCUUGCAAAGCAGGGAGCAUCCUGAUCUGCAGCUGUGGUGUCAGCCUUGGAAACAGCACUCAGGGGAGGGGAGAUCGCAUUCAAAACACAUCCACGUCACUGAAGCCAAGAGCAAAGAGGAAGUCCCGAGCUAUAGAACUUUGAACGGGGCGAUGGAAAAGCCCUUGCCCCUGGCCCUCCCCCGGUCUGUGGAGGAGUCCUACAUCACCAGCGAGCACUGCUAUCAGAAGCCCCGCGCCUAUUACCCUGCUGUGGAGCAGAAGCUGGUGGUGGAGACCCGGGGCUCUGCCCUUGACGACGCUGUCAACCCCCUCUGUGAGAACGGUGAUGAUUCUCUCUCUCCACGUCUGGGCUGGCCUCUAGACCAAGACAGGAGUAGGGGGGACAGUGACUCCAAAUCUAGCUCCCUAAAGGUGAGGGAAUAUGUCUCCAAAAAGGUCCUACCCGAAGAAGCCCCCACUCGGAAGCUGCUGGACAGAGGCGGAGAGGGGCUACUGAGUUCCCAGCACCAGUGGCAGUUCAAUCUGCUGACUCAUGUGGAAUCUCUUCAGGAUGAAGUCACACACAGGAUGGACUCCAUUGAGAAGGAACUGGAUGUUUUGGAGAGCUGGCUGGACUACACUGGGGAAUUGGAGCCCCCGGAGCCACUGGCAAGGCUUCCACAGCUCAAGCAUUGCAUCAAGCAGCUGCUGAUGGACCUGGGCAAGGUGCAGCAGAUUGCACUCUGCUGCUCAACAUGAAAUUGGGCACCCAGAACUAGUGGGGGCACAAUCCUGGGGCACCUGCAGGAGGAGCUUUGCAUAUUUAAAUAAAUAAACCUAGCAUGCCGAAUGCACGUGACACCGACUGACUUCAGGGAUCUGGGCAGGGGGUGUGAUGGACAUUGGACAAAGGGGCCAUUUUGGCUGCUGGAGGGCAGGGCACUCUGAUCUUGAAGCCUACCAAGAAGGUAACAAAUAGACUCUUGGGAUUCCUUUCUUCUGUGCACAUCGUUGAAUGGAGAGUGAGUCUUUUUGCACAAACUUCACUUGAUAAUUGUGCCACUGAUAAAAAUGGAAUGAGAGCCAAAAAAGUUUAGUCGGAAACAGUUGUAAAUUCAACUUGCAGCUUAUUUAAUUGACUUUUUUUGUCAGGGUGGGGUACAUGCCAAGCCUUCUUGUUUCUGCCUGGCAUGGAUUUAGGCAGCAGGCUUCAUUUCCAUUUUUCCAGCUUCGUGAGAAUGUCGUGACUUCACAUUCGGUGGAGGUUGGGAAGAAGCGGAGGCCUUGGCUACCCUGCCUUCUCCUUAGGACUCUUCACUUUUCUCACCACCCGUCUUGCAUGACUUCAUGGUACCGGGGACAAGUUUUGUAUGCUUUUACCCCAGAGUUGGCUGGGUUGUGUUUUUUGUAGCAGAGCCCAUACAGCCUGUGGAGGAACUAGAAUCUCACUGUAAUAAGAAUCUAGGAGGAAUUCCAAACUGAAGCAGGCAGGGUCUGGAACCCAAAGGACAGCAUUUUCUACCCACUUCUUAAUAUUGACAGCUUCCCGGUUCUAUUUAAUGUCCAAAAAAAUGUUUCCCCAAAUUUUGAACUCUUUCACUGUAAAGAUUUGUUACAAAGAAUGUGGUUUGGAGAAUUACCUUAUUUUAUAUUGUUGUAAACAAAUUUCAGAUUCUACAUGUGCCGCUUUUCUCCUUCCAGAAGGUGUAUGUUCAGUAGUUGGCAUUUUCAGAAUUGUUUUUAAAAUACUUUAACACUUUA